AACUCCGUCAUUGUACCUUGCCCGCUCGCUGAUCGAGGGGUCAACUUUCCCAAAAUUCAACAACCUUGAUUGAAUCUCCAAGAACAAUCCUCUGGUCGGACGCCCGUCGUAAAUUCAAGAAAAUGGAAGCUCCACUGUCGUCGACCUCCACCUUGGCAGCCGCCGGCAGCCUCCACCUGGUGGCUAUGCCGUACCCGGGACGAGGCCACGUCAAUUCCAUGAUGAACUUCUGCAAGAUCCUGUCCUCCAGAGUCCCGGACAUCGCCAUCACCUUCGUCGUGACAGAGGAGUGGCUCGGCUUCAUCGGUUCCGAGCCUAAGCCCGCCAACAUAUCCUUCGCCGCCAUCCCAAACGUGCUCCCCUCGGAGCUGGUCAAGGCCCAGCACUACUCCGAGUUCGCCGAGGCCGUUUUCACCAAGAUGGGAGAUCCGUGCGAGGAGCUGCUGGAUCGGCUCCGGCCUGCGCCGACUCUCAUCCUGGCCGACACCUUGCUGAAAUGGGCCGUCCGCGCAGGGAACCGGAGGAACAUUCCGGUGGCGUCGUUCUGGCCGAUGGCGGCCCGGGGUUUCUCUUUUUACUGUCACUUCCAUCUUCUGGAGCGACACGGUCACUUCCCGGUCGAUUUGUCUGAAAAGGGGGACGAGCGAGUUGAUUACAUCCCCGGACUUCCUCCGACACGCUUGGCAGACUUGCUCAAUUUUGCGAGUAAUAACCCAUUUUUGGAGAACUUCCUUGAUGCAAUUAAGAUUGUACGUGAGGCUAAGUAUCUCUUGCUCGCGACCGUGUAUGAGGUGGAUUAUCCAGCUGUCGAUGUUGUUAAGGCUAGCUUGUCGAUCCCAGUCUACACCAUCGGUCCUGCCAUCCCUCUCUCUCAACCUGCAGAUGACUCUUGUUUGUAUGAUGCCGAUUACUUGAAGUGGUUGGACUGUCAGCCGAGCAAUUCUGUCUUAUACCUCUCCCUUGGAAGCUUUCUCUCGGUCUCCAGCUCUAAGAUGGAUGAGAUUGCAGGGUGCUUGCGUGACAGCGGCGUUCGUUUCUUAUGGGUGGCACGCGAGGAAGCCUCCAGGUUGAGAGAGUUGUGCGGCGAUAGGGGAAUAGUCGUGCCAUGGUGCGACCAGUUGAGAGUGCUGUCACAUUCGUCGGUUGGUGGGUUUUGGACGCAUUGCGGAUGGAAUUCCAUUUUGGAAGCUGUUUUCAUGGGAGUUCCCAUGCUUACAUACCCCAUAGCUAUGGAUCAAGGCCGUAAUGCAUUACUAGUCGUCGAGGACUGGAAGAUCGGAUGGAGGGUGGGCACAGAUAUCACAGAGCUUGUGCGUAAGUUCAUGGAUUUGGAAGAUGACGAAAGCAGAGAGAUCAGGAGACAGGCUAAGCAUCUCCAGGAGGUGUGUCGGCGAGCAAUCGGAAAAGACGGAUCGACUGAGACUAACACCAAUUCCUUCAUCAGGGACAUUUCCUAUUGCAAUGACAGUUCAUAAGGGUUUAAUGUACUCACCACAUAGGUUCGAAACGUUCUUUCUGAAUAAAAAUGCAUUUGAAUA